AGAAGAAGAAAUUAUACAAGGCGGAAGUUCAGCAUUAUUUUUGUACCUGUCAGUACUUGGCAAAAAGAAAAAGAUUUUAAAAAUUGUCAUUACGGAGGAGUAACAUGGUCGCUGCUGAAUUCUGAUCGAGCUUUCGUUACUGCACCAUCUGGAGUCUUGAUCGUCGACUUCGUUCACCAACAGUGCCUGAGUCGCCAGUCUGGUUUCAUUCCAGCUUGGUGCCGCUCCAUCCGGAAACAGCCUCAUCAAUUUGUGUUAAUGGCGGGACGCGGCGGCGGCGGUGCGAGCAGGCCCAACGGCGCGGCAGCAGCCAACAAGAACUUCCAGUUCAAGUUGGUGCUGCUGGGGGAGUCGGCAGUGGGAAAGUCCAGCCUUGUGCUGCGUUUUGUUAAAGGCCAGUUCCAUGAAUUCCAGGAAAGCACAAUUGGAGCUGCCUUCUUGACUCAGACGGUCAGCCUGGACGACGUCACGGUCAAGUUUGAGAUUUGGGACACGGCGGGCCAAGAGCGCUACCACAGCCUGGCACCCAUGUACUACCGGGGUGCUCAGGCUGCCAUUGUGGUUUAUGACAUCACCAACAUAGACACGUUUGCGCGUGCCAAAAACUGGGUGAAGGAAUUGCAACGACAAGCCAACCCCAACAUUGUGAUAGCGCUGGCCGGCAACAAGGCAGACAUUGCAGAUAAGAGAGCGGUGGAGCAUCAGGAAGCGCAAGAAUACGCUGAAGAAAACGGACUCCUCUUCAUGGAGACUUCAGCCAAGACUGCCCUUAAUGUUAAUGAUAUUUUUAUGGCUAUUGCCAACAAGCUACCAAAGAAUGACCCUCAGGCAGGCGCCGGCCAAUCAGGCCGGGCCGGUACGGGGGUAAACCUGCACGACACCAGUUCUCCAAAUCGCCCCAGUCGAUGCUGUAGUGGCGCCAUCGGCGGCGGAAGCGGCAACUAGACCCGUGGCGAGGACAACACUUUAUUAACAUUGGCAGGAUCAUUCACGGUUUCACUGCUAUUGACGGCGAUAGAUGCCCAACCCGUUUGGAUUUGAAGACACUGGCAGCGAUCAUUCCAGUCCAAUUGGAUUGGGCGUCUAUCGCCGUCAAUGGGAGCCAAUGAAUUAAAAGUAAGAAACACUGGAGGACAGGCAGAGCCCCUUCGCCUCCCUCCUCCUCCAACUCUUCCUUGUCUGCUCUUAAAAUGAAACUUUUUUUUAUUCUAAAACAAGAAUCACAAGCUAAGCGGGAUGAUCCUUUCUGACUGGCCUCCUUCCAUCUAUCUACCUCCCUCCCUCAUCUUUUUCCAAUUUCAAAACUGUCUUUGAUGAUUUUUUUUUUUUGGGGGGGGUGGAUGAUUUUUUUUUUGGUCUCUUCCCAUUUUCGUGUGGGUAUAUUGUGUGUAUAUUCUGUAUGUUUAUGUGUAUAUAAAAACACAGUAUAUAUAUUUAUAUACACACAUGAAUACUAUAUAUAUUGUAUACUGUAUACAUACUGUGCGUAGUAGCUUUCAUCCACUUCCUUUUCAGCAAUCAUCUGGGGAAAAAAAAUCUGCAGGAAUGUUAAUCAUCCUGAUAGUUUGCAUCAUCAUCAAUGAUUUGGAUAUGAAAGGUGGUUAUAUGGUGUACACAUGAAAUAUAAUAAAGCUCAUGAAAGACGA